AUGAAACCCAAACUAGUGAAGGCGUUUCGACAAGGUUUAUUGAAAAUAGCAAGUACCACCGGUGCUUGGAUCAUAACUGGUGGAAUGAAUACUGGAAUAAUGAAACUUGUAGGUGAAAUUAUACAAAUAAAUCAUUAUCGUUCGAAACCAAUUCAUGUUAUUGGUAUAGCCACGUGGGGUUGUGUGAGUGGAAGAGAAGCAUUGGACGUAAAGGGUCAAAUUGUUCAGUAUACAAAAUCACGCAGUGAGGAGAAAGGUGAAGCUCCAUUGGAUUCCAAACAUACCGAAUUUAUCUUUGUCGAUGAUGGUACAACGCACAAAUAUGGUGGUGAAAUUCAAUUUCGUGCCAGAUUAGAACAAGCUAUUUCUGGUGGAUUUUUUACUUCCAAUCGUGUACCAACAUUGUCACAACAAAAUUCAACUGGAACAGCAUCAUUAAGACCAGAAAAAUUCGAUCCAGUUCCUGUUGUUCUCCUAGUUGUUGAAGGUGGACCUAACACUGUCAUAACUGUGCAUGAAGCAGUUGUUCAAAAUAAUAUACCAGCAGUUCUUUUCGAGUUGAAGUCACUUUCUGAUUUGAUACAAAAACGGAAAGAAGAACUUAAACAUCUUUUGAAAGAAGAAUUAAAAGAGGAACUCAGGGCAUUUGCUGACAAAAAAAAUACUGAUUAUUUUCAAUUAGUUUAUGAAUGUGUUGAUCAACGUUUUCACUUUUUAAAUAUUGUAAGUUUAAAUGCGCGAAGUCCUGUUGAACCAGAUAUCGAUUUGGCCAUAUUACAAGCAUUAUUAAACGCGACAAAUAUCUCUGAGCCUGGAAAAGGGAGUGUUGAACGUAAACGUGAACAAUUGCUAUUGGCACUUGAAUGGAAUCGAGUUGAUAUAGCAAAACAGUUUAUCAUGACAAACGAUGAAGAUUGGUUGAAAAUUAAUUUGAAUGCCUUAUUUUUAACUGCUCUUGAACGGAAUCAACCGGCAUUUGUUCGAUUAUUUCUUGAUCAUGAUUUUUCAUUGACUGUUUUAUUUCACGAUAAUUCUAAUCUAUUAGAUUUAUACACAAAAAUGGACUUUCAAAUAAAUCCACAGUCAACUGAUCCGUUGCGUACGAUUUAUUCUCAGUGUUUGAAGCCACAAAUUGGUGAUUUUUUUGAGAUUGAAGCUGUUCUAAAACCAUAUACAUCCGAACACGAUAACUAUGAUAAUAGUGUAAAUUGCGCAUGCUUGACUACUUCAACAUAUAUGGAUGUCGACAAAGAGUUAUUCAUAUGGUCCGUAUUAUCUGGAAAACAUGAAUUUGCCAUGCUAUUCUGGUCGCGUUCAAAAAAUAAAAUAUGUGCUGCACUAUUAGCUGUCAGAUUAUAUACAGUUCGAAAGGAAAUAGAUCCAAUAUUUCUUGAAUAUGCUAAGGAAUUUGAAAAAUUAGCUGUAAAUGUACUUGAUUUAUUUUAUAAACAAAAUCCAAUAGAAUGUAAAUCUGCAAUAACUAGACAAAUACCGGCAUUUGGAAAUGUUGCAUGGAUUCAAAUGGCUGUUUGUGCAGAAGCUAAAUUUUUCAUUGCACACAAAGCUGUUCAAGAUGUACUAAAUGAUAUUUGGUAUGGUGGUAUUGAUACCGAAAAAUGUAGUGAUGGCACUAUUAUACUUUCAUCGUUUAUGUUGUUGCUCAGCGGCUUUUAUUUAAAAUAUCAUGAUGAUUCCAAGAAGUUUGAUUCCAAUAGACCAAAUGAAAGUCAUUCACGAUCCUUUCCACAUGGAAAUAAAUCAAGAUCAAUGAUUGACAAGAUUAAAACAAAAAUUGGUACUUUUUUCAGCAAUAUACUGAAUUUUGUUAGAGCGCCGUAUGUCAAAUGUUUAUACAAUUUGUAUUUUCAUGUUGGAUUUCUAAUGUUAUUCAGUUAUGUCAUGUUAUGUGAUUUUUUUCCAAUACGUCAAUUUGAUGGUGAUAUUUAUUGUCCACCGACAAAAAUUGACAAAGAUCAUAUUAAUACCAAUGAUAAUGAUAGUAAACUAUUUGGCGAUAGUAAUAUUAAAAAAGCAUAUGAAUUUGGAAAACGUUUUGGUAUACAACCACCUGAAAUAUUACUUGUUAUAUGGAUUUUUACAUUAUUAUGCGAAGAAAUACGACAACUAUUUUCAAUGGAAAGUCGAACAAUUCGUGGACGAAUUAUUUCUUAUAUCUCUGUGAUAUGGAAUAAAAUUGAUGUAUUGGCUUUACUAUUAUUUUUGAUUGGUUUCAUUCUACGUUUAAUACCUGUUGAAGGAUGUUUUUGUGCUGCUCGAAUUAUUCUUUCUAUUGAUCUUAGUAUUUGGUAUAUGAGAACAUUAGAUAUAUUUGCAGCUGUAAAAAGAUUAGGACCCAAAUUAGUUAUGAUUAGUGAAAUGGUACACGAUUUAAAAUUUUUUGUAAUGAUGUUGACAGUCUUUAUAUUAGCAUUUGGAGUUUCAUCCUACGGCCUUAUUUAUGGUGUACAACCAUUCUCAUGGCAUUUACCUCGAAAAGUAUUUCAUAUUGCAUAUUGGCAAAUAUUUGGUGAAUUGAAAAUACUAGACGAAUUUGAAGAAAGCUACAGAGCAACAGGCUAUGCUGUAUUCAUAUUACUAGCGGCUUAUAUGGCUAUUGCAAGUAUACUCUUAGUCAAUUUAUUAAUAGCCAUGUUUAGUAAUACAUUUGAUCGAUUACAUACCAAUACCGAUCGUAUUUGGAAAUCUCAACGAUAUUUAUUAGUUUGUGAAUAUUUAACAAGACCCUCGUUACCUCCACCAUUAAUCAUUUUUUCCCAUUUAUGGCGAAUUUUACUAUGUAUUCUAACAAAAUGUUUUAAAAUAAAACGAUUCAUUAAAAUAUAUGAGAAUCAUGUUGAUCGAACAAAAAAAAAACUUAAAAAAUCUUUAACUGAAAAAUUGGUUAUAGACAUUGAAAGUAUUGAAGAUGCGCGUGGUGAUGAAGCGUAUUUUAAUCAUUUGAAAACUCAUCGAAAAAUGAUGGAUAUAAAUGAUGUGGAAGAAGAUAGAGCUAAUACACCACAAGAAAUAGCUGUAAAUCGUAUUAAAAUACUCGAAAAUAAAAUGCAAUUAAUACAAACUCAACAAUCUCAUAUGAUGGAAUAUCUUGAAUAUCUAAUGGAUGGUUUAAAAACAUUGGGUGGUGAUAAAAUUAAAAUGCCUGAAAAACAUCGAUUUGAUUUAGAUGAGCCAUCUAAUCGAAGACGUAUGUCAAGUAAACAAGAUUCAAUUGAAUAUGAUAGACGUAGAUCAAGUGUUGAUAAUGAUCAAUCAUUAGUUGUUCUAUUGAGACGAAGAUAUUUCGCCAUUCCAGAGGUGAACAUAAUAAAAUUUGAGAUUUGUCAGCAUGCUUGA